AAAAAAACUGGUCUAGCUCCAGCUGAUGAUCGGUGUUUAAAGUGUGUCAACAUCGGGAAUGAGCACAUGUAUUACAAAAGCAUUAUGGCAUUAAACGAGUUAGUAAUGACAAUAAUAGGAAAAAUAAAAUGUUAACAACGACAAUAAAAUUCAGUUCCUGAAUCAAUUAUGUUCCGUCGUUUUCCCCCGAAAGUCUCCUCACACUACCCCAGGACCCCAUCAACCCCACAACUAUUGCGAAUCUCCUCUAAAAAUGUCGCAGGAAACACCAAACAACACGCAAGACCUGCGGAAAUGCUUUCCCAGUUGACAGCCUACGAUGGUUCAACGAUCAACGCGGAUGAUCUCCCCGUCGACGUGAUGCGACGAAGAUCAAAUUUUUCAACCCUUCAUCUAUUCGACAGAGACGUCUCCAAAGCCUUUGCAUCCCUCGUCAUCGAUGAAGUCCCCAAGGAGGGGACAUUUAUAGCCGAAAUGAAUCCAGGCGCUGGUCUGAUGACCCACCAGCUCCUGGAGUCGGGAGUAUCCGUUGUUCACAGCUACGAAAAAUUUCCGGAAUUUAUGAAAUGGUUGUAUCCCCUCUCGCAGAAGUACUCGGGACGUUUGCAAAUCAGACCCUAUAAUUUUGCGAGCCUAGGGAAGGCCGAGUUUUUGGAUCGACAGGUCAACUCCAGGAUAAUGAAGAACAUGUUCGAGGGACUUAAACCUAGGGAUUGGCAAGACCGACCUGCCAUCGCUGUCGUCGGGGCAGUACCAAGUGUCAAAUUUUUUUAUUCCCUUCAGUGGACACUAAUGAAUCAGUAUCUGUCGGACUAUGGGAGGAUUGUUCUCUAUGUGGCAGUGUCACCUUCGGUAUCUUUGGUCUUCGCAGACGACCCGAGCAACAGACAUUUUCACAGACCGAAGAAUGUUUUCCUUCGAACGUUCUUUGACUUCAAGAAACUGGGAACCCUUCCGAGGAAUGCCUUCUUCCCCGCCCACACUGACAGAAUCUCGAGGAAACGAUUCAGGGAGUAUUAUAUGAAGGACUACGAAGUAAUGGACGUUGUCAAGAUCGAGGCUAAGAAAGAUUUUUUCACUGAAAAUUUCACUCGACAUCACGCCAUAGUAUUCUACUAUUUUCUAGCAAUUCACAUGAGGAAAAAAAACACGAGGAUUAUUCCCGUGUUCGAAAAAUGGAUUCCAGGCUGUGGCCCUCGUCUCAUCCAGAAAGAUUACAAUAUUUAUUCAACAUUCGAUGCACUUCCUGCUGAUGAAUUACUCCAACUGUUCAAGAUAUUCAUUUCUUGGCCGGACUAUGACAAUAGCCCGUUUACUAAUUUUGUUGAAACUCUGAUGCUGAAUAAAACGAGUGAAGAGUAAUUCCGGAAAUAUUUCCAUUGAAAUUGCAAAUUAGUUAUGACUUUAGUGAACCGAUGAUUCGGUUACGAAGAUUGAUGAUGAUUAGAUUCAUUUCCCUAACAACCUCGACUUCUCUUCCCCUUCGGUUCCCUGGGAUUAGUUAAUUAAUUACUCAAAAUAUUAAAACAGAAAAUCAAAAAAAAACUUUCAUUGUCACCAACGUUGCGUACUCCUGUAUAAAACAAAAUCACAACCAAUGAUAUUCACAUAGUAAAUGUUCGCCAAAUUUCAAAGACUAUUAUUGUCAAUUCCAAAGAAUUCAUUAAAUACCAAAAAUAUAUUUCCAUUAAAUUUC